AUGGCUGUAAUUGAGAACAUCAAUGAUGUUCAAAUUCGGGUGUUCGAAUGGAAUCAAAGAAUGAUUUCCAAGAAUGAUGUUUGGGAUGACUUGGGAGGAUUGUUAAUACUUCGUGUAUCAACUAAUAUGGUUGUCGGACAAGUGAAAACUGAAUUGACAAUAAAGAAGGUACUUAAUUUCCCAUUUCUUCUCCACAGCUUAGUGUCUCAAGACUCCAUGGUUGAUUUCACAGAAGUUUUCUUGAAAGAGAGUAAUGCUCAUAUUCUCUCGGAAGUUGUAUCUAAGUGGCUCUUUGAUAAUUUCCAGUUUCGUUUUCUUCCUUCAAGAAACCAUGGCAUCGUCAUCGUUGUAGAUGUUUCCGUAGAGAGUACCUCAUGUGUUUUCAACUGCACUCAUUCUGCAGAAGAUUUUCGAGAUGACGAAGAAGAAGAAGAAGAAUAUAACAAUGGCUGCGUUGAAUACGGAAACGUUGAAGUGGGUUCAUCAAAUACCUUACCAGUGGAGGAAAAUCAUGAUCAUGAUCAUGAUCAAGAAGAAGAGGAAGCUGAGGACACGGACGACGAUGAUGAUUCGAUCGAUUUAAAUGUCGAAGAAGAAGAUGAAGACUUAAUGGAUGAUGAUGAUGAGGGGAUUUAUUCGGAGGCAAGGGAUGAAGUUUUGGAUAUUCUAAACAAUUUUCUGGAUAGUAAAUCAAUUGUUACUGAAUCCAUAUGUUUAAAAGAAAUUGAGGUUGCAGUGAAGGUGGAUAGAUUGAUUGAUGAUGGAUCAAGAGCUGAUAAGUGUCCCAUAUGUCUGGAAGGGUUGUCGGUGGGGAUAGAUGUUGCAACGACACCAUGUUCGCAUGUAUUCCAUUGUGAUUGCAUCUUCAAAUGGUUACCUAGAAACAACUGCUGCCCAAUGUGUCGAACACUCUGUGCUACUGUAGUUCAUUUAUAG